CAGUGCUGUCAGAACCGGAAUGCAUUUUGUCUUGUGUCUUUAACGACGCUUUGAAGUAUUUCAUCUAUAGUGCAUACUUGUGCCCGGCGGUCGACAGCAUUGAUCGCCUCGGAACGGACUGGAACGGACCGGAUAUGAUGACUAGAUCUUGGCUAGAUAAAGCUCUCUCAUCACGAUCAUGUCCACUGCAAACUACGGAGACACAAUAGAAGUAACCGCCCCCGCUGAUUUUCAUGUUCACCUCAGGGAUGGUGAACUAUCAAAGCUCGUCACCCCCCACGUCCACAAGGGUGGUUUCUAUCUUGCCUAUGUCAUGCCAAAUCUCGUGCCCCCGAUUACCACGACAGAGAUGGCAAUCGAAUACAAAAAAAGAUUAAAAGAUUACUCCGGAUCGUCCAAAGUGGAGUUCCUCAUGACGCUCUAUCUUUCCGACGCUCUCCAUCCCAACGACGUCAAGAAUUGGAAGGCUGCGGGUAUCGUGGGCGUCAAAUCAUAUCCUCGUGGCGUAACUACGAAUUCGGACGAGGGAAUCGAGAGUUAUGAUAAAUACGACGAGUUAUUCAAAGCGAUGGAGGCGCACGGCAUCGUGCUCAACCUCCACGGAGAAAUUCCAUCCGACCACUCAAAAAAUAUCUGCGUCCUCAACGCUGAGGAACGUUUCCUUCCCGUCCUCGCAAACCUAGCCAACAAAUAUCCCAAGCUGCGCAUCGUCCUAGAACAUGCAACGACUGCAGCUGCCGUCAACGCCGUCAAAGCCUGCGGCGACAAUGUCGCAUGCACGAUCACAGCGCACCACCUCUCCCUCACAGUCGAUGACUGGGCGGGCCAAUCUUUCCACUUCUGCAAACCCGUCGCCAAAUUUCCAGACGAUCGUCGCGCUCUUCAAGACGCUAUCAAAUCAGGCAACAAGAAAUUCUUCCUCGGGUCUGAUUCUGCACCGCACCCGAGCCUUUCGAAAUCGACGGCGACGGCGACGAGCGGGUGUGCGGCGGGGGUUUAUACUUCUCCUAUCCUUCUUCCUCUGGUUGCACACCUCCUCGAUUCGUUCGGAGCGAUCGACAGGUUGGCUGAUUUUACGAGUAAUUUUGGACGCGGAUUUUAUCAGAUUCCGGCGCAUCCAAACGCUCCGAAGGUUCUUGUCGAGAAGGUGCAAGGGGUGAGCGUGCAGGCUGAAUAUAGUAGUGAGGGGAAAACAGUCGUGCCUUUCUGGGCAAACAGACAGAUUGAGUGGCAGAUUGUGGACGUCAAGGAAUGAUUAAGGGACGAAGGCGAGAAAGAACGACCGUCUUCGGUCGUGCAUGGUUUGACUACGGGAGACUGGUUCUCGCCCACGCUUUGAUUCGACUCUAAUACAUAUACGGCAUUCAAGCAGUGUCCACUCACCUUAUAACCUGUUGCAGAUUUAGCUACAUGCAGCUGCGAGCAUAUUGUCAUAGUCAUGACGAGGCUGCUCAUCAUAGUGUCAUCCAGGCGAGACUCUCGCUGUGAUCCUUGACAAUAGCAAACUUGCAUGAACACUUCCUGUUCUUAUUUUCACAUUCUCUAUGUUUGGCUUAUAAUCG